GAUUUAUUUAACAUUCAACAAGAGCCUCUGCAUUGCAGAUGUUUUACAUAUGAUUUGCAUUAUUCGUACGAUUUACAGCAAGUGGGGUUUGGCUUGGGCCGUAGUGACCCUACAGAGACGCUUCCGGUAGCAGCGCACAAUCGGACCAGCUAGUACCUUCAGCUCUGCUCGUCAACCACGAGACCCAGCAAGUUCGCCACUUCCGGUUCUCCUGGCUGUCCAAUAGCGUGGUGUGGAGCGGCCCCGGAAGUGAUGCUAGCCUUGGAGCGGUCUCUUCCGGUUCCGGGUUGGCGAGCUCGAGUGUAGCGACAUGAAACUCCUCACCCACAAUCUCCUGAGCUCCCAUGUGCGAGGGGUGGGUCCCCGUGGCUUCCCCCUUCGCCUCCAGGCCACCGAGGUCCGCGUCAACCCUGUGGAGUUCAACCCAGACUUCGUGGCGCGUAUGAUUCCCAAAGUGGAGUGGGCGGCACUUCUGGAGGCGGCUGAUACCUUGCACCUGGCGGAGGUGCCCCGAGCGCCAACUGAGGGGUAUGAGCACGAUGAAGACUUUCUGAGGAAGAUGCACCACGUGCUGCUGGAGGUGGAGGUGCUGGAGGGCACCCUGCAGUGCCCAGAGUCUGGACGUCUGUUCCCCAUCAGUCGCGGGAUCCCCAACAUGCUGCUGAAUGAUGAGGAAACAGAGACCUAACUGUGACAGACACCAACCAGCUUGACGUUUUGUGACCCUGAACGUUCUGUUCUCCCAUCCUUAGCCCCAGACCUUGACGCAGUGACACACCAAACACAGUGUUCUUGAGCUCCAUAGUAUAUCUUUUUUUUCUCUCAUUAAAGGUUCAAAACCAAAA